GCUGUCAAAAGCACCAUCAUGAGUAGCACAUCCACCACUGCUAGUACCCUGGUGGCAACAACCACGGCCGAGGGUACCAGGCAGGACCACAAAGCCUACCCACGGCAGUACCACUUCCUCAUAAACGAGCCUGACGUGUGCCAGAGGCAGCAGCCCUUCCUGGUGCUCAUGGUGCCGGUGCACCCGGGCAACGAGAGGGCCCGCCAGGCCAUCCGGAGCACGUGGGGUAACGAGACCAUGGUUCAGGGCAAGGUGGUGACCACACUCUUCCUGCUGGGCAGUCUGCACAGCGACGUGGCGACUCCAAUGGCGAAGGAGAUGGUGUACAGCGAGAGCGUGAGGCACCACGACAUCCUGCAGAGCGACUUCCUGGACACCUACCUUAACCUGACCAUUAAGACCAUGGUGAUCAUGGACUGGCUGGCCACAUACUGCCCAGGCGCCGCCUACGCCAUGAAGAUCGACUCAGACAUGUUCCUCAAUAUGGAGAACCUCAUGUCGCUGCUGCUCAUGCCCCAGACACCCAAACAGAACUACAUCACUGGCUACAUGAUGUGGAACCGGCCUGUGGUCCGCGACCACCGCUCCAAAUGGUAUGUCUCCGAGGAGCUCUACCCCAAGCCCAACUAUCCCACCUAUUUAUUGGGGAUGGGCUACCUCUUCUCCAACGACCUCCCGGAGAAGCUGGUGCGGGUCUCCAAGGAUAUCAAGCCCUUCAACAUUGAGGACGCUUACGUAGGAAUGUGCCUGACACGCUUGCGGAUAGAGGUCAGUGUGCCUCCUGACCCCUCACAGUUCAAAGCGUACACGUCAGGGCCGUUCAAGCGUUGUGACUAUGUCAAGGUCAUAACCACAAUCCUGGGCAGUGCCAACCAACUGCUGGAGUACUGGGCGGGCUAUAAGAAGGGUGGACCCCCCUGUUGAGGAGGGGUG